CGUUGGCCCAACAUCUUCAUGCCGGGGCACCCUUUGCUCUUCUGUGCGCUUCCGCUCACCUUUGCGGUGCAAUACGUGGUGUGCGCGUUCAUUCUUUCACCGCCAGUCCCUUCGCGAGUCUGCCUUUGCGCUGGAGGCGAGGUUCCACCGCAGCGCUGCGCCUCGACGUGCUCACGCCGCUUGCCGUCAGAUGGAGCUUGCGGGCGGCCAGGGUGGAAUGCUUGGAAUCAGCGCGGGCAGGCUGGUGAUGUUGAAGACGCGCACCCAGGGAGGGACGGGGGCGAGGCGAACUGCGUCGGAUCGCGCACUGGCUGGUGGUGGAGACGCCCACCCCCGACGCUGGCUCUCGUCUGCUUGCUCGCCGCCUGCCUAGUCAUCAGCCUCGCCAUACGCGCGGAGGACAGGGAGGCGUUCAAUGGGCACGCGGCUGAGGCGCUCUGGACCGCAUUCAUUCAGGUCCAGGUCGUCGUACAAGGGCAAACGCACCUCUUCGAUGUCAGCGCUCAGACAAGCGGUCUCGAGCUGAGACGCUUGUGUACAAAACGCUCCUCGAUCCCCGCUGGUGCGCUUGGCGGCCUCUACCAUCAGUCGCGGCUAUUGGAAGACGACGCCCCGCUGGCAUCCUACGGUGUGCGCGCAGGAAGCACCAUCGAAGUCAAAGCACGGUUGCGCGGCGGCGCGCCCGGCCCACCGGCCACCUCCCGGUACGCCUCCCCGAACCGGGCGGAAGAGGGUCACUUCCUCCACACCUUUCCGGUCGACGUCUUGCCGACCAUCAUUGACCCCGUCACCCAAGUGCCGAUUCUGGACUCAAUCUCAAUUUCCAUCCGACAUGCCAAUGCGGGACGCCCCGCGCAGGCUCAGGCGCAGGCGCAGGCGCAGGCUACACUUGAGGCGGAGCGGGAGCACGAACGCAACCGCCUUGCGUUGGACAUCAGUGCCACUGAGCGCGCGGCCUUGAUCCGGGCGCGGCUGGCAGCCCGCCACUCGCCCGAACACAAGCUCCCUCUGGCAAAAGACCCGGCAGGCACCGCCCUGCCUGAGGACUCCGGCCCGCCAGCGGAGGAGCACGUCGCUCCUCCUCGUGCACCCCCACAACCGAACAUCGUCCUCGGCGCCAACGACGGGAGGAUGUACUCUGAGGAGCUCCGCAUCGCGCAUGAGAUUGCCCGCACCCGCUGCCGGCUGCGCGACGCGGGGCUCUGACGCACCGAACCCGCGCUGUGGACGGGGCGGUGGGACGCAAUCGUUCGGGUGUGCGGGGUGCCAUGGCCCAAGGCAUGGCACUGCACCGCUUCGUCCCCUCCCACCGCAGAGCCAUUGUACAGAGGGAGGCAUAUUGUACAGCCAUUGUAUAGAGGGGUGGGAGAAGGACUCCCUUGUCUAGUGUUGUGAGAUAGUUGUCGCAAAAUUCUCGAGCCUGUCUGC